AUGCCUUCCAGACAGCAGCCAUUACAGAUCUUCCACAUAAAUAUGCUAAAGAAGUGGCAUGAGCAGGCCUCGCAACCAGAGCAGGCAGUACUUGCUAAACAGGAGCUUCUGGUGAGGGCGGUGAAUACGGAGGAGGACUUGGAGGAACAAUACUUGCCUGUUCAGCAGGAUAAGGGCUGUCUGGAUCUGCAACAUCUCACAGAGGAGAAAAAGGAACAACUGCUAAAGGUCAUCCCUCAACAACUGUUCCUCAACUCACCCGACUUUAGGAAAUUGAAAGCUGUGAGCAAGUUUGACCCGUAUUCCAUGCCCAGAGUGGAUGAGCUGAUAGAGAGACUGAGUAAGGCACAGUUUCUCACCACGCUGGACUUGUGUAAAGGCUACUGGCAAAGCUCCCUCAACGUUUCAAAGGAUUUUGCUGCCGCGUAUCUGGAUGACAUAAUCAUCUUCAGUGAGAAUUGGGAACACCAUUUGCAGCAGGUGAAGGAGAUAUUGUCAAAGAUUAAAGCAGCAGGACUAACAAUACGGCCUGAUAAAUGCAACAUCGCCAAAGCUGAGACAACAUACCUGGGACAUGUACUGGGUCGUGGGGUCAUACGACCACAGAUCGGGAAGGUUGAGGCUGUCAAGCAUGCCGAGCGGCCAUCUACAAAGAAGCAGAGCCCAAACGGAUGCUUCAGAUUAUGGACUGAGUGCAGUACUCCUACAAGGGCAGCAGGAUCAGGUAGAAAGUUCACUCUGGAGACAGACCAUUGGGCCUUAACUUGGUUGGGCCGAAUGAAGGACACCAAUUCUCGUAUUACAACACCGAACAUCGACCGACUGGCCGCAGAUGGAGUGACGCUGACGCAGCACAUAUCAGCCGCACCUCUCUGCACCCCCAGCAGAAGUGCCUUCAUGACGGGCCGAUACGCCCUGCGCUCCGGUUUGGGAAGCACUGGCAGGGUGCAGGUGAUCCUGUUUCUUGGAGGAUCAGGGGGGCUGCCGCCCAAUGAGACCACCUUCGCUAAACUCCUUCAGAAACAGGGCUACGCCACUGGAAUCGUGGGUAAAUGGCAUUUAGGUGUGAACUGUGAGAGCAGAGAGGACCACUGUCAUCAUCCCAACAAUCACGGCUUCCACUUCUUCUACGGCCUUCCUUUCACAAACUUCAACGACUGUGAGCCCGGUGAGGACACAGACAUACUGUCUGACGUUCAGACUCAACUGCGUCAGAUGUGUGCGCUGGUGACGCUGGCGUUUGUCACGCUGUGUGCGCUGCGAUGUGUGGGUCUGAUGGAGGUCAGCGUCCGACUCCUGCUGUCUCUGGCCGUUCUCUCUCUGACGGUCUUUCUGCUGUGGUACCUGCCCUUUCAACACCUGCGCAUCUGGAACUGCAUCGUCAUGAGAGACGGCGAGGUGGUCGAGCAGCCCAUGAACCUCCGGACAUUAAACGAACGUCUGAUGAGUGAAGCCGAGCGCUUCGUGGAAAGAAACAGACACCGGCCGUUUCUUCUCUUCCUGUCGCUGUCACACGUGCACACGCCUCUCUUUGUGUCUGAGGACUUCGCUGGAAAGAGCAAACACGGCCUGUACGGUGAUAAUGUCGAAGAAGUGGACGGGAUGGUUGGUCGGAUGAUGAAGGCCGUUGAAAGGUUGGAUCUGACUAAUAAAACCAUGAUGUACUUCACAUCAGAUCACGGCGGUCACAUCGAGGACUCAGAUGAACAGGGUCAGAAAGGAGGAUGGAACGGAGUUUAUCGAGGUGGUAAAGCUAUGGGAGGCUGGGAGGGAGGCAUCCGAGUUCCUGGAAUAUUCCGCUGGCCCGGACGUCUCUCAGCUGGGAAAGAGAUCUCAGAGCCCACGAGUCUGAUGGAUGUGUAUCCCACCCUAGUGAAGCUGGCUGGAGGAGAUCUGCCUGGCGACAGAAUCCUGGACGGUCACGAUCUGAUGCCUCUGCUGGAGGGACGGACGGAGCGCUCCCUGCACGAGUUCAUGUUUCAUUACUGCGGCAUGUAUCUGAACGCUGUACGCUGGCACCCCACCAACAGUGAUUCCGUCUUCAAAGUUCAUUUCUUCACACCAAAGUUUUCUCCUCCGGGAGCGAUUGGAUGUUACGACACAAAGAUCUGCUUCUGUCACGGGGACCACCUGACGUAUCACGAUCCUCCUCUGAUGUUCGAUCUGAGCAGGGAUCCGUCAGAGAGCCGUCGUCUCACGCGCGAGACGGAAGCGCGCUUCUCUGAGGUUCUGAUGAGAGUGGAGCGAGCCGUGAAGGAGCACCGCGGCACUCUGACGCCGGUGGAGAAUCAGCUGACGUGGGCACACGUUCUGUGGAAGCCGUGGCUGCAGCCGUGCUGUGGAACCUUCCCGUUCUGCUCGUGUUCAGAGGAUCACACCGCAGCGUAAUGUGCUCACGUCUUAUUCCCUGACUCUGAAAUGAAGGAAGAAGAGUUUAGAUGAAGUUCCAGCAUUACUCCUUCAGCUUCCUGCACAAGAUGUCUUCAUGAAACUAUUAGCACCAAAUGAAAUUCCAAAAAUAAAGACACUCCCCUCAUCUGUCAUCGGUUAGACCCGUCUGAUCUCACGGCCCGAACUCGCAUCACUGGUCGGGUUGAUGUUUUUAUGUAUAUUACCUCUAAAUACAUAGAAAUAAAAGCAUCUUCAUUUAUGAUUAAAAUGUCUAUAUAUAUAUAUAUGCUCAGAAUAUGCUCUUUAUGAAAUCAAUCUACAUGAAAUGAUUUUUUAAACUCAGUAAUGGAAGAUAGGUUUACUGAAGAUGUGUAAUGUACAGAGAGAGCCACAGGAGGGCGCACUUCCUCUAAAAACAUCCUCAUGUCUUCACUGUGCGACUGUCUUUGGAUGAUUUUUAUUGAAGUCAUGUUUUAUCUGAAAUAAAACAUUUAGGCUGGCAGAGGUUUUUCAUAGAGGCUAUUAUAAAUGAUAUUACACUGAUUUAAGUUGAAUGUUUACUGGGUAUCAGAUCUGUUGGAUGAAGUUAAUAAGUUUGGAUUCAUUUCUGUCCCUUCAGCAACAUGAACAAAACAAACUGCUUCAAAUAACAUGAACAUAUUCCUCUUCUGCUGUUCAAUUUCUGAGAGCACUUCAUGAAUGUCAUUCAACAUGUGUGCCAUGAGGUCCCGUGACAACAAUAUACUGUAGUAUAGUACCGUUUUAAACGUUUGUGAUUGUGGUUUGCACAUGAGGAAAUGUGAAAGAUGUGUGAGCGGCACACAGCGCUGUUGAAAACAUCUCCAGCUGUGUUUGAGUGCAGUACAGUUUCCUGUCAUGAGUAUGAUUGAUUCAACCCUCUUUCAUCCUUAAGGGUCACCAUCAGUCUAGAGAACACAAGGUAGACAGGUGAGGGCUCAUUCUGUCCCACCGCUCCUAAAAUCCUCUUUUCCAUGAAGAAAAUGUAUGUGAUUUGCACAUCUACUGUGAGAUGUCAGGUGUGGCUACGUGAAUAAAAAAUACAAAUCGUUUUGAAUGAG